UGGAGGCGUGAGCGGGUUCGCGGAGGGACGCUCGAGGCCGGAGGGAGCCAGGAGGGCCAGAGGGAAGCUGGGAGCCGGCAAGCGCGCUGCUGGUGGUCGGCCGCCACGAUGUCAGCGCAGUGCUGUGCGGGCCAGAUUCGGUCCCAGUGGCUGUGGGUACUCAGUGCUCAUGAAGGAAGGACACUGACCCUUGACAGUGCUUUUCAUGGAAAUGCUGUUGAAACCAGCACGUUCUAGAAUGUUGAAACCUGUGUGAGAAACCUCCUGUCCCAAACUCCUUUCCGACAAUCCUCCAGAAUCGUGUUGCGACAGUUAUGGAAAAGAUUGUGAAGACCUUGGAGCUUUAGGGAUUCUCUGAACUCAAAAGAGAAAAACUUAAGAACCUGAAAUGUAGGAAACACAAGAGCCAAUUUCUGGGCCAGGCAAACACACAGCUUCUUGUUCAACUUGCACUCUUAGUUGGCCUGCUGCUGUGGGAACGCUGGCUGCUCCUACUGCUGUGGCUGCUGCCCCAAGAUCCGCCAGUCCCGGAGCACCCGCUUCAUGUACGCGCUCUACUUCAUCCUGGUCGUCAUCAUCUGCUGCAUCAUGAUGUCCAACACCGUGGCCAACGAGAUGAGGGAGCAUAUCCCUUUUUUCGAAGAUAUCUGUAAAGGCAUUAAAGCUGGCGACACCUGUGAGAAACUGGUGGGGUAUUCUGCGGUAUAUAGAGUCUGUUUUGGAAUGGCCUGUUUCUUCUUUAUAUUCUGCCUCCUGACCUUGAAAAUCAACAACAGUAAAAGUUGUAGAGCCUAUAUUCACAAUGGCUUUUGGUUCUUUAAACUUCUGCUGUUGGGGGCCAUGUGCUCAGGAGCCUUCUUCAUUCCAGAUCAGGAGUCCUUUCUAAAUGCCUGGCGCUAUGUGGGAGCCAUCGGAGGCUUCCUGUUCAUAGGCAUCCAGCUUCUCUUACUUGUGGAGUUUGCACAUAAAUGGAACAAGAACUGGACCGCAGGCACAGCUAGCAACAAGCUAUGGUACGCCUCUCUGUCCCUGGUGACUCUCAUCAUGUACUCCAUCGCCACGGGAGGCUUGAUUUUGAUGGCAGUGUUUUAUACACAGAAAGAUGGUUGUGUGGAAAAUAAAAUUCUUCUGGGGGUAAACGGAGGCCUGUGUCUGCUUAUAUCAGUGGUAGCCAUCUCACCCUGUGUCCAAAAUCGACAGCCGCACUCUGGGUUACUGCAGUCGGGUCUCAUCAGCUGCUACGUCACGUAUCUCACGUUCUCAGCUCUGUCCAGCAAACCUGUAGAAGUAGUUCUAGAUCAACAUGGGAAGAACGUCAGCAUCUGUGUGCCUGACUUUGGUCAGGACCUGUACAGAGACAAAAACUUGGUUGCUGGACUGGGUACCACUCUCUUGUGUGCGUGCAUCUUGUAUUCCUGUUUGACAUCGACGACCAGAUCAAGUUCCGAUGCUCUGCAGGGCCGAUACGCAGCUCCUGAACUGGAAGUAGCCCGUUGUUGUUUUUGCUUCGCCUCUGGUGGAGAGGGCACAGAAGAGCCGCAGAAUGUGAAAGAGGGCCCGAGGGUCAUUUAUGAUGAGAAGAGAAGCACUGUCUACAGCUAUGCCUAUUUCCACUUCGUAUUCUUCUUGGCUUCCCUCUAUGUGAUGAUGACCGUCACCAACUGGUUCAACUAUGAAAGUGCCAACAUUGAAACCUUCUUCAGCGGGAGCUGGUCCAUCUUCUGGGUCAAGAUGGCUUCCUGCUGGAUAUGCGUGCUGUUAUACCUGGGAACGCUGGUCGCUCCCCUCUGUCGACCCUCUCCGCACUUCUCCGUGUGAGGAUCUGAGCGAUCUCUUUGGUUCUGCAGGCUGGAAGUGACGUCCUUUGAACAAAUGUACCAGGAGUCUGAGCAGUGACUGGUACUUUGUGACAAGCUGGCAUUCCCCUGGCUGGCUUGAGUGGGUCUAAAAAAACUUACAGGGGGAAAAAAAAAAAUCACCUGCUUAGCUUUUUUAAUUCUGAAAUUUGAAAAGAAGCUACCAGUUUGUUCCCCCCAAAUUGAAAAUUUCACCCGAGUUGAUCCUGAGUGAUAUAUUUUGUAUGUGUCUUACCCCUAAAAACUGGGAUAGUAGUUAGGCUAGUAUUUUCCUUCUGCAUGUUUUUACCAAAACAGAGUUUGGGGCAUGACAUUUUAUCACAGGGAGAAAAGCUUACCUUGUGUGGCCUAUUAUUCCUAUCCUUGAAAUAGAAAGACAUGACAGAAUCUGGAGCCCUAAGCUCCUGACAGAAUGCAGACCCCCUCCCACACCUCGGCCUGCAGGACCCCUGCUUGUGGUUCCCUGGUAUUUAUUGGCUACAAGAGGAAGCAUCUGCUUUUAACUCCACCCUUGUGCUGUUUCCUCCCAGCCCCCAAACGUUUCCCUUUGAAGUUGUGAUGCUGGGAAUCACAGACUUCACUCUGUCCUUGCCCUUCCCAGAGCUCCCCUCAUCCUUUCUGGGUUCAACAUCUUUGUUAUAAUGUGAAAAAGCACAAUUUGCCAUCACCACCCACGUAAUCCCCCACCAGAUUAUCACUACCUGAUCUGAGUUACUGCAAUAAUAUGACUCUUACUCGUGGUGUUAUUCACAUGAUUAGAGAACAAUAUUCGUGUUGUUUUCUUUGCUAUAGUUCUUUCUUGUUUGUGGAUUGAUAGGACCUUACCUGGGAAGUUGCUUCGUGACUGAAGCCUGCUGCACCCCUCUUUGCAUUAUUAAAGUCAGUCAGUUUCUCUUCCACUUGAGGCCUUUGAAAUUGUAAAAGCAAAAGGGCUUUUGUUUUCCAGAUCUGUAAUGUGACCACACCGUUAAUGUCCAUUAUGAUUUUGGGGGUGGAUUUGCUGAGGUGAGGAUCACAGGCAACACCUCAAACAGGGCUGACCAGGUAAGGCCUCCAGUUAUACAAGUUGUAGAAGUGACCAAAUAUACUUAGAAGGAAAGGUGGGUGGGGAGGUAUUUCGCUAAGCCAUAAGCAAAAGACGCAGAAAUUUCCAGAAUACAUACUUUUAAGGUGAUCCUGAAGAAAGAUUUGACUCUAGGCAGCUGCCCAAGAAGACGUCCAUUUUCAGUGCUGAUGUUCUCAGCCAGGGAAGAGUUUACACAGUGGAAAGUCCAUCAGAGACCCUGAUGGAGAACGGUGGGCACCCUCCUCUUAGUAUUUCAUGCAAGAUGGAAAGAAUCCUCUCAGCACCCGGGCAGAGAGGGUCUGAGAAUGAGAAGACUUGGCCUGUGCUUUUUGUGCCCUGCUGUAUGCAUUGGGUCCCACCUAAGCUGGCCUCCAGUGUGCCAGAUGCUGGCCUGGGAAAUUAGUCCAGUUCUUCAUUUCCACUCACUGCUUUGCCCUCCUUUCAAGAAAAUUAGGGGGCGAGGGGUCAAACAAUGGAUGAUUUCCUCCAGGAACUUAUUUACAGUGUUGGAGGUUCGCUCAUUGUGUGUGUGAGAGCCUUGUUUUGUAAGCUUUAUCACGUUUUUUUCCCAGACCAGGAGCUCUUUGAGCUCGGUGGUCCAGAGAUCUUCUGUAGGAACAAAAUGAAUGGCUGCCAUGUGUAGCCCGAGGUUAAGCCAGUGGGAGCGUGAGCUCUGUGGGUCGGACAGGAGGAGGGAGUGGGGUUGUGUGUGUCGCAGCAUCCUGGCAGAGGCCACCGCAGUGGCUGGUGCAGUGACACGGGCUCUGGGUAAGCCAAAAGGAGAGGCAGCUCAAGAGCCGGGGUGCCGUCGGUGACUGGUUUCAUUGUGUCUUCUCCCUGCUGGGGUCUAGUGGCGUCUGGCAUCCAGCCGUGUGACUUUAGAACUGGCCCUUCUGGCAGGUCCAGGUCAAGCUGACCGGGCCCUGUGUUCCUUAGCUGGCCUUCAUUGGACCCUUCCUGUGCAGAAGGAAGCUCAGGGAGACACAGAGGAAAGGACAUUGCCAGUGGCCAGGCCCUCGGAGCUUCCUUCCUUAGCCGCCCAAAUUCUCCUACAGCCAACCCCCAUUUUCUAGCUGCUUAAGACUUGGUUGGUGCCUAAUAAUGUUCCUUUCUGAAGGUUGGUCUGACACAAGAAGGAGAGUUGCAGUCACUCUGAUUUUUAUUCUCAACUGAAAAUUUAAGCAAGUUUAUCUGAAUGAUCAAGAGAUGUAGGUGUGCUCUGAGGACAGAGGGCAUAUAAAUAAGUUGACUUUAAUGAUUAUUAAUUGUAAUAAACAAUACUCAGGUGAUAAGUCAACAUUCAUGGGUUUAAAAAAACCUACAUUUUUGUGCUAUUGUGUUUUAAGAAACUGGAAACAUUGUGCCAGUUGCUCUGAGUUGCUCUUAAGGAUGAUGUUUAUUUGAUAAAUUCACUGAUAAUCUUU